GUCUGGCGCAAUGUCGUUUCGGUCCUUACUUCUCAUCGCCCUUGUGUCUGCGGCUUGGGUGGCUGCCCAGGAUGUGGUGCCCGAUGAUCCGGAAGUGCAGAUGCAAAUGCACGCCAUGUUUUACACGGCUCGUGUUGCCUGUGCGGUGGAAAACAUGAUUCCGUAUGCUCAAACCUGUGCUGUCUUUGCUUUCCUGAGCUUGAGUCUGCAUUGUGGCAGGGCUCUUCAGGAUCAUGCCAAGGAUAACGGCGACGUCUUCAUUAUAAACUACGAUAGCUUCGAUGGCGACGUGGAUGAUGUAUCCACCACCACACCAGCUCCUAGAGAAGCCGACUAUAUAGAUUUUGAUGAGGUUAACAGGAACUGCAAUGCAAGUUUCAUAACGUCGACCAGCAACGUGUUGCAGUUCAACAGCACUGGUGAACUGCCCGAUGACAAGGACAAGGCAACCAGCAUGUGCUAUUUCAACUGCUUUUUCGAAAAGUCCGGUCUGAUGACGGACUACAAGCUAAACACGGAUCUGGUGCGCAAAUAUGUUUGGCCAGCCACUGGCGAUUCCAUUGAGGCUUGCGAGGCCGAAGGCAAGGACGAGACGAAUGCCUGCGUGCGCGGCUAUGCCAUCGUCAAGUGCGUCGUCAUCAGAGCGCUCACGGACGCCAGGAACAAGCCCACCGUUUGAGUAUCAGCAAAGGGGCCCAUCUUGGACUAUGGACUAUUCAGUAGGA